UAGAAAUUUAUUUUAGUUUUGAAAUAAAUUGGAAAAGAAUAAACGGUUUAUUAGUGAAAUUAUUGUGUAAAUGUUAAAACUACUUUUAAAAUUGAAUAUUAAAAAUAAAAUUUCAAUUGGAUUGAAAAAAUAAAUAACUAAGGACUUGCCAUGAAAGUGGUGGUAAGUAUAUUGCUAUUGGUUGGCGGUGUUUUGAACUGCGCAAAAGCUGCCCCAGGACUCGAGCGGAAUGUGACGUCAUCGUUGGAUAAUUUUGCCACAGAUGCGCAACCAAAGGACUCGCCAGGAACGACCGGAAUCAGACUAGCUCGAGAAUUUCCUUCUUUAGCUGUUGAACGUGGUCCACUCAGCGUAGUUCAGGAUUGGAGUUUGGUGUGUGUACAGCUCUGCGGAGCAUCAUUAGGGGGUGGACCAUGCGCCCCCUAUUGUACAUCUAUAACGGUUCCAGUCAGUGUUCAAAAAUCGAACGCAGAAAUUCUUCUCAGUCCCAAUAAAGAUUUAAUAUGUGAAGAUCUUUGCGCGUUGAAACUGGGUGGAAAUUUCUGCACAUGUUCGACUUUGGCAUCAGUUCGUUCCAUACAAGAUCGCAACCAAGUGUGUCAAACAUUCUGCAUCAAUAACUCAGAAACAUUGGCCGGUUGCAGUCUGUGUAAUAAAAUCCAACCGCUAAAAGAAUGGACAACGGAAGAUCUGAUGCCCGAUAAAAAUGCACCAGUAGCAGAUCCUUCGAAGAACACUGACUUUUUCAUUUCGCCAGCUUCGUCGUCAUCGUCAUCUUCGUCGUCAUCGUCGAUAUCGAAGCCAUCGAACUCUAAACAUCCUGCUGCCAAUGCUGCCGGAGUAACAACACCGGAUUGGGAUGCACUUUGUGUAUCCCUUUGUAAAACUAAUGAUGGUGGGUCAUUGUGCAAUUGUGAUUUGUCACCUUUCCUUUAAAGCUUAUUGUAUAGAUGUUUUAUUAUUAUAAACGAUUUUUAUAAUUGUAUAAAUUAAUUAAAAGAAUAAUAGCUCAGUUAUUGUUAAUCAUAAAUUUAUUUCUGGGAUAGAACAAUUUUAGCAAGAAUAAAAUCUUUAUUUCUAAAAUUUCUUAGCUUGUUUAAACUUUUGCAAAUUUAAUUGUUUUUCAAUAUCGAGUUUUAAUAUUUGUGACAAAUCACCUUAAUUAUUUUGUUAAUUUUGUUUUAAUAAAUAAAAUUGUUAUAUAAAUCCCUAUGAGAAUCAAUUAAUUUGUAUAAUUAGUUUUUGAAGUAAAUAAAAAAAAACAACAAAAAAAUGAUGUUACAUCACAAUAAAAAAAAAAACAUAAAUAUAAAUGUAAAACAAAAACAUAUUGUAAUUAUUAUAUAAUUUUGAUGUAGUUUUUCAAAUUUGAUUUACGAGAUUCUAUAAAAAUGAAAAACAACAAAACACAAAGGGCUUCCAUGUGCUAAGCCGCUGGCUUAGUACAAAACCUUAAAUAUAAUACGAAAAAAAAAAACAAAUUAACAGAAAUUAUUUAAAUUUUAUAACGUUUUAAAGAAAAGUUAUUGAAACGCUGACUGUCACGACAUUCUUUGAUUGCCCGACACUAGGUGUCGCUUGAGUUGAAAAUUCUGCUGAACAACCGCAGUAUAUAUUGUAACUUCAAUUGGUUUCCCUUUCUCCCUCUCUCUUCUGCUGAAAUCGAACUUUCUAGAUUGAACUUCGGUAUAUUGUUAGGGGCGUACGACAUCAACAUUUCAAAGGGUGGUUCUUUUUCCGUGCUAAAUUAACUUUCUUAAGCAUACAAAAAAUUAACCCCAAUUGGAUUUACAAAUAUAUAUGUACUUAAAUCUACUGUCCAUUGAUAUUACACAUUCCCAGCUCAAGUGUGCCACGUGUCUGUCAUCCAAAGUUCAACUGUGACAGUCAACUAUUUUAAUAAAAAAUUAAAAAUAAAAAAUCACAAAAGAAAUGAAUGGAAUUAAGAUAUUGUUUUUGAUUGAUAGAAUCAGCAUAUCAAUUUUAAAACAAUAUGUUCAGCAAAAUACAAAUAUUUUUAUCUUCAUUAAAACAUUAUUAACACAAGAAAAAAGAAGACAAAUAAAUCUUACCAAAACUUGAAUGUCUAUAAAAACUAUAUAUACAUAAAUAAAAACAAAUAUUUAUACAUACAUUUAUAUAGUUAAAAAAUAAUAAUCAAAUAAAUAAUAAUGUUUAUAUGCUAAGAUCUAAUAUACUGUUGGAAGACAUUAGUUAAAACAAAAAAAAAUAUAAUAAUAAACAAAAGUAAGAGAAAAACAUUGGCUUUUUUGGAAGACAUUAAAAUAAAAUAUAUAUCAAUUAAGUUUAAUUUUAAGAGGCUGCCGAAACGGUAACAGUAAAACAUAAUUUAAAUAAUCAGAGAUUAUCCAUGAACUAGAUCUGAAAUCUUCGCUGUGACUGACAAUAAUUAAAAUAAAUGUCACAUUAAAACAAUAAAUAAAGAUUAAAACAAAAAAAUAAUAAAUAUUUUUAAGUGACAAUUUGGUGUUAUCAAAAAAAAAAUUAAAAAAAAUUAUCUGUGCUUGUCAUUUGAUAAAAAUAAAAUUAAGAGAACAUCCCUUAAACAAAAAAAAAAAGAAAACAUACAAAUUGUUACUGCAUCUUAUGUCAAUAUUUAACCUUUAACAUUUUUUGUGACACGUAUAUAUAUAUAUACACAUAUAUAUUUAUCAUAUCAUAUAAAUAAAUUAUAUAAACUUCUUAUAUAUUAUAUAAUUGUAAUACUUAAAUGUUAUUUGAUUAUUACAGACAUUAAAAAAAAAGAAUUCUUGAACGAACUUUAAAAUAACUGUGGCAAUAUUGUGCGGAAAAAAAAUACCUAUAGUAUCUCAAGUUAUUUGCUUUUUGAAUUAUUCUUAAAAAAAGCAAAAUAAGUAUAUAAAAACAAAAAAAAAACGUAAAAAUAUAUAUAAUAUGUGUGUGUAUUAAAAUGUUUAAUGUUAUUACUUAGCCCCCUGAACAACUUU